AUGUGGCGGAGAGUCUACUUUCUCCUUAUUCUAGUCCGCAUCUACUUUGCCCUGUCGCCCAGUUACCUGCACCCUGACGAGAACUUCCAGGGCCCAGAGGUUGUUGCUGGACGCGUCUUCUCCUACCCCGUCCACGAAACAUGGGAAUUCACCUCGAACCACCCCAUCCGCAGCACCUUCCCAUUAUGGCUUGCAUACGGCUGGCCCAUGUAUAUUCUGCGUUGGCUAUGGGAGGGCUCUGGAUAUGACGUUUCGCCGUCUGUUGUCUACUGGACACUACGCGUACUCAUGCUGUCAUUGAGCGUCGUCAUGGAGGACUGGGCAAUCCACGAGUUGGUCGCGUCGCCCCGCGCCCGACGCAUCGCCGUGGUCCUGGUCGCAUCCUCGUACGUGACAUGGACUUUCCAGACGCAUACGUUUUCAAACAGCCUCGAAACAUUAUUGGUGCUCUGGAGUUUGGUUUUGAUCCAAAGGAUCACUGGCGAUAAGAAACGCUCCGGCAUACUAGCCUCGUCCAUCUUGGGCUUCAUGGCCGUCGUCGGCAUCUUCAAUCGCAUUACCUUUCCAGCAUUUCUGGUUUUGCCUGCCACAACAUUGCUACCGCACUUCCAGCGCAAGCCGUUUUCGCUAGUCUUCUUGGCUACAUUUGCUCUUGCAACAGUCUUCCUUGCCGUGUGUAUCGACACGGCCUUUUAUACCCCAGGCGAAUUUACAUUUUCAAAAGUCUUUACUGCCCCCGUCAUUACGCCCUUCAACAACUUUCUCUACAACUCCCAGUCCGAGAACCUUGCCCAGCAUGGCAUACAUCCGCGGUACCAGCACUUGCUGGUCAACCUCCCUCAACUACUCGGGCCCGCCAUUCCACUUAUGUUCUUCUUGCGCAAAGCGCACAUCACCAUGAACCUGAUAUCGGCCCUGUCUGGUGUCGCUCUACUCAGCAUCUUCCCACACCAAGAGGCGCGCUUCUUGUUGCCCGCAGUACCUCUGGUCCUGUCCUCGAUACGCGUGCCGAACCCGCCUUUCAAAAAGCCUUGGAUAGCGACGUGGGUCAUCUUCAACGUAACCUUGGGGUUAUUGAUGGGCGUGUAUCAUCAAGGCGGCAUCGUGCCCGUACAGAUCAACAUUGCCAAGACCAACGAAACUAUCAGUCAUGCCUUCUGGUGGAAAACCUACAGUCCGCCCACCUGGUUGUUGAAUGGCAAGAACGAAGAACUUAAGACUGUGGAUUUGAUGGGCUGCCCGGGCGAGCAGAUGCUUGAAAGAGUAAAGGAAGCGCUACCGCCUUGUCGAACUCGAAAACCCCCACGGGUUGAGGAUCAAGGUGCUACGUAUCUUGUAGCACCACGGUCCGCCUAUUUCUUGAAGCCAUACCAAGAUGCAACUAAGCAGAAUGAUGUUCGAUUAGAAGAAGUGUGGAGCUACCGACAGCACCUCAACCUUGACGACAUGGAUUUCGCUGACGACGGUGUUUGGAACACCAUCAAUCGUGUUAUUGGUGAUCGAGGCCUGGUAGUGUGGAAGGCCACUCGCAACUGCUCGACCCUUUCCUAG